AUGGCAGGGCCCCAAAAUCAGAGUAGGGUGCGAGACAAGCGGGAGAAGACAGCGUGUGAUGGGGAGCGAGCAUUCCGCAAGCGCAUAGCGCUGGCCGCGAGAGAGGCGCGAGAGAUAGAGGAAAGGGCGGACCAGGAGUGGAGGGUAUGGGCUGCAAAUAGAGAAUCAGAUGAGGGGACAGGUUCAGGGAGUGAUUGGGUUCAGGAGAUGGAAGGGGACAGGGAGCAGCGGAGGGGGUUGAGUGCGGUUGAGACGGAGGAUGGGGAGGAAGGCGAGGAGAGGAAGCGGAGUGAGGAGAGCAAGAGGGUGGGGUUGAUGGGGGGCCUUAGUGGCCGAUUAGGUUCAGGUUUGAUGGGCCGAAGGGGUUCUGGUAUGGUGGUGGAUGUUGGUAGGCCCAAUGAUGAAGCAGAGGAGGAUGAGGAGGAGGGAGAUGGUGAGCGUAGCGAGCAUAGUGACGAUCAUAGUGAGCAGCGGGAGAAUGAGGAGUGGGGUGAUGAUGCGUUAACUCCCCUGGGCAGCUGGGGGGGCGAAGGGGAACUUACCCCGGUUUGGAGGGGUGAAGGGGAGAUUACCCCCCAGCGAAGCGGGGACUGGGGAGAAGAGGCAGAGAGGGAGAGGGAGAGGGAGAUGGAGGAAGAGGUGGAGGGGGUUUGGACACCUGUGCUAACCCCUCAGGGCAGUUGGAGGGGGGACAUGUCAGGGAGCGAGAGAGGGAAGGGUCGGAAGGGGAAGGGUCUUGGGAGGAGGGAAGGGUGGGACGGGCUGGUGGGGGAGAGAGAGGGUAGGUACGAGGAUGAGAGGGGGAGUGAGGAGGGAAAUGAGAGGAGGAGUGAGGAGGGAAGUGAGAGGGGGAGUGAGGGGUCUAGGGGUGAAGAAGAGGAGAGGGAGAGGCAGUGGGAGAGUCUGAGGGACGGGGAAGAGGAGGGGAGUGUGAGAGAUGAGGAUGAGGAGAUGGAGAGAGGGGAGAGUGAGGAGGAACGUGAGGGAGAGAGUGCGGAGGAAGAGAGGGAAAGACAAUGGGCCGAGAUGCAUGCUGGUAGCGAGGAAGGGAGUGAGGAUGGAAGUUGA